CUCUGGGAGGGGAAUGGGGGUUAGUGGUUAGAAGGAGGGAGCCAGGACUCCUGGGUUCUCUCCCUGGCUCUGGGAGGGGAGCGGCAUCUAGUGGUUAGAAGUGGGGGGAGGGCUGGGAGCCAGGACGCCUGGGUUCUCUCCCCAGCUAGACGUGACCAUCCCAGCCGCGCCUGUCGGCCUGUGGUGGGCAGGGAAGGGUUAACCCGGGCAGGGAGCGAUACCUGCUGGGUCCCGCCCUGCCCCCCCCCCACCAGCCGGGCCGGUUCUCAGCGCACCUGGCUGCCACCUCCCUGCCCAGCGCCAGCCCGGAUCCCUGCUGGGUCUCUGCCGCCCCCCCCCGCACCCCUCGGGACCUGCCCCCCGCCAUGGCCUCGGGGGGGCUGGGCCGGUGCCGCCUGGCGCUGGGCCUGGCGCUGCUGCUGGACGGGGCGGGCAUGGGGGCGCUGCUGACGGGCAUCUUCGCCCGGCUGCGGGUGCGGGGCCAGGACUUUGGGGACCUGCUGAUCUACUCGGGGGCGGUGCUGGUCUUCCUGAGCCUGCUGGGCUGGGUGCUCUGGUACACGGGCAACCUGGAGCUGGCGCCCGACGAGCUGGGGCGGGACUACGCUGCCAAGGGGGGCACCCUGGCCCGCCUCGCCCGCAAGAUCUCCCGCCGCUGGUCGCGGCGUCAGCCCGGCCCGCUGGCCUUGGGCCCCGUCCGGGGGAGCCAGGGGCCCCCGCCCCGGGAGACGGUCUAGAGAUGCUUUUUGGGACAGAGCCCUGGAGGGGGCGAGUUGGAUGGGGGAUCCGUCUGGGACCAGCACCCCCCACCCCCUCGCUGAUUCAGGGAGCACCCACGGGACUGUGAGACAGAUGAACCGAACUGGCCCCAGGCCAGAGGGACAGAGAUGUGGCCCCUCUGGGGUAGAGCACGGGGGCUGGGUAUCCGGGGACCCCUUGCCCGGCGCUGGGACGGCAGAGCUUGGAGGCUGGGUGCUGUCUCCCCUGACCCAGCGAAGAGGCGUCUGUCGCACGGAAGUGUCAUUUGUUUUUAAAACACUUUUGUGUCUCAGGCCCA